GUCGCGGCAACGGGAAUAGCGGUAGACGGAGCCAGCUGAAAAUCGGCUGAAAAGUGCAAAUCUUGCCAGGCUCUGAUUUAGAAUAAAAUCGUUGUAACCAAGCUUUUUUUUAAUACAUAGAAAUGAUACUUAAAGUUGUUUUGUUUUAAAGUAGUAAGCUUUACAGGGAAAUGGUGUGGUAUUAAAUAAAAUAGUGAAAAUCUACGGACGUUGUUUAUGGAUUGCUUUUAAGCUUAACAGAAACUUCUUAUUGUAAUCGGUAGUCAAAUAUACUGUUGAAUGUGUACACAGGCAAAUACGAGUGCUUCUAUGCGUAUCAUUUUCUUGUCUCACGGAGUUGGAAGCCUGGGUCAGCUGUUUAUGCUUACGUACACUAGCAAUUUUAUGAUGGAGGAAAGCAUGAAUAUUAUUAACACGAUGUAUUUAGGAUCUUGGAGCACAUUGCCAAUGAAUAAAGAUGGCAGAUCAUUUCGAUCGGCCAUGAAAUUCGUGAUGAUUAGAUCAUUAAAACCGUGCUAUCUGACUGCUGCCGGAUUUUUCCCUCUGACUUUGGGAACUUUUACCUCGCUUUUAAGUUCUACAUUCUCUUACUUUACUAUGAUGAAACAAUCGUUAACGAAAUCCGAUGAAGAAUAGUAUAAGAAAUAACUUAAUAUGAAUUAAAUGCGAUAUAAGAAACUUACAAACCUGUAAAAAGAAUGUGAAUAGUGAACAGUUUUCAGUGUGUAAAAAAUAUCGCAAUUAUUGUACAUUUUACAUUUUUGUGUAGAGCAAAAUAUAGUA